UGUCACACCUCCCAGACAGCCACGAUUGGACCCUAAUUAGAAAGCUCGGCAGCAAAUAGAUAGGCGUCCCGCAUGAUUGAAUCCAAAGUGGCUGAUGCCAAAAUUUCUGCAGAGGCGCGGAAAACUGUCGGAGAGGAGCGGAAGAGACAGGGCGCCUGUAUCAGUGCUGCUGAGAGCUGCCACGCUGCGCUGCGCUGCAAACAGCCUCUCCGUGAGCCGGAGUUUCAGAGGUGAUACAGGAAACAGCAAGACGCGCUGCCCCCCCCGGUUUUGAGGUAUUAAAAAAAAAAAGGGAGAGGCGAAAAUAUAGUCCGAGUCUACGUCAAAGCCGAGGACGCUGCGUUAUCAGAGAGCAACGGAGGCUGAAGCGAGACAAGUACAAAGGAGAGUCGAGCCGCCGAGUCCAAGUUAUUCCUGCGCUUCGGUCCAAAGGCUGCGCUGAUGGCAUCCGUACUUGGAAACAACAGUCGCGCGUCCGGGGCUCAGAGCGGCCAGGUGAAAUGCAAGCUGAAAAGGAGAAGGAGGAGGCGAUCGAAGAGAAAAGAGAAAGUCAGUAUGCUGUCAGCAUUGAUCGCUCCUUUCAAGUACAUAAGCCCUGGGACCAGCAGCACAGAGGACGAGGACAGUUUAAGUACCAGCAGUGCAGAAGUAAAGGAAAACCGUAAUAUUGGUAACUUGGAGGAUCGCUCUAUGGCAUCUGCAGAGUGCCAGUCGCUUUUCUGCUCCGAAUCGACUAGAAGUGGGAGUUCUGGUCUGAAGAGGAAACGACCACUGGAGGAAGACAACAAUGGACACUUGUGUCAGCUCCGCUUGAUCUAUAAGAAAUUGUCCUGGUCUGAGGCACCAAAAAAUGCUUUGGUGCAGCUCAAUGAGCUCCGGCCAGGCCUGCAGUACCGCAUGGUGUCUCAGACAGGUCCAGUCCAUGCUCCUGUCUUCUCCAUUGCUGUGGAGGUGAAUGGACUGACUUUUGAGGGCACAGGCCCCACAAAGAAGAAAGCUAAGAUGAGGGCUGCCGAGCUGGCCCUCAAGUCCUUCAUCCAGUUCCCGAAUGCACCUCAGGCCCACCUGGCCAUGGGAAACAUCUCAAACCCUUCAGCUGACUUCACCUCAGAUCAGGCAGACAUCCCUGACACGCUUUUCAAGGAGUUCGAGACCUCGCCAUGCUCUGAUGGCCUCUCGCUCUGCCACUCAGCAACAGAGAGCGAGCUACUAUCAAGUCAGCUACUGAGACAUGGACGGUUGCUUCGUCACACCUUAGACCUGAUGGUGCAGGCUCAGCAAAGGCUCGGCGGGAUUGUUCCAGAGCCAGAGGUCCCCAAGAGCCCAGUGGCAUUGCUCAAUGAGCUUCGGCCAGGCCUGCGCUACGCCUGCCUUUCGGAACAAGCUGAAGGCAGACGACUGCGUAGCUUUGUGAUGGCGGUACGUGUGGACGGGCGGAUCUUUGAGGGCUGCGGUCGCAGCAAGAAGCUAGCCAAGAACCAGGCGGCCCAGUGCGCUCUUCAGGCCCUCUUCGACAUCAGAACAGCCCCUGAGGGGAGGACAGGCCUCAAAGCCAGCAGGAAGAGCUGUCCUCAUUUACCUCAGGACUUUGCUGAUUCAAUAUUCCACUUGGUGAGGGAGAAGUACCGGUCGCUGGUGGGCGGCUGCAGUCCUGCGCACGCUCGACACAAAUCCCUGGCAGGCAUCGUAAUGACCCAAGGUCUGGACCUGAGGCACGCCCAGGUGGUGGCGCUAUCCACGGGCACAAAGUGUAUCAACGGGGAGUAUCUGAGUGACCAGGGACAAGUGGUCAAUGACUGCCACGCUGAAGUGACAGCCCGCAGAGCGCUGCUACGCUUCCUCUACUGUCAACUCGAACUGUUCUUGAGUAAAAGACCAGAGGACUGGGAGGAGUCGAUAUUUGUGCGGCACAAGGAGUGCAGCUACAGAUUGAGAGAAAACAUCCAUUUCCACAUGUACAUCAGCACAUCGCCGUGUGGCGACGGGAGGCUCAACUCGCCCUAUGAAAUCACCACUGACUUACACAGCAGCAGACACCUCAUGAGAAAGCACCGCAGCCACCUACGGACCAAAAUCGAGUCUGGCGAGGGGACGGUGCCUGUGCGAUGCCGGGGGCCCGUCCAGACAUGGGACGGCGUCUUACAGGGCGAGCAGCUCAUCACCAUGUCCUGUACCGACAAGAUCACCAGGUGGAAUAUCCUGGGCCUGCAGGGGGCGUUGCUGAGCCACUUCGUGGAGCCGGUGUACCUGCACAGCGUGACUGUUGGCAGCCUCCGUCACACGGGCCAUCUGGGCAGAGUUCUAAACCAGCGGUUAGAGCGCCUGGGCCCACUGCCCGCCAUGCACAGGCGCAACCAGCCCCUACUCAGUGGCCUGAGCUGUGCAGAGUAUCAGCAGCCUGGGAAGGCCUCUUGUGUGAGCGUGAACUGGACGCUGGGUGACGCACAGUUGGAGGUGGUCAACACAGCCACCGGACGGAGACGGGAAUCGGGGACACCGUCUCGCCUCUGCAAGCACGCGCUGUUCACCCGCUGGAACAGGCUUUACCGCAAGCUGGGGAUCCACAUGUCCGCCCCGGCGGACCGCCAGCUCAUGUACUGUGAGGCCAAGAUGGCGGCGCGUCCUUACCAGACAGUGAAGCAGCAGUGGUUCAGGUCUCUGCAGGAAAUGGGCCUCGGCACCUGGGUCAAGAAACCGCCCGAGCAGGAACAGUUCCUGCUGUCUGUCUGAGGAGGAGUGUGUGUGUGUGUGUGUGUGUGUGAGGGAGACAGUGUGCGCGUGUGUUUGUUUAACCUUUAUUUUUGUAGGGUAAGAUGACUCCAUGCUCUUUACCAACAUCCUGCUUCACACCUUCAUAACUGAAAGUUUCCCACUGUGACCUCUAGAAUCGCAGCUAUCACCACUGUGUGUGUGUAUGUGUGUGUAUGUGUGUCAUUCUGGAUGUGCCACCCAUCCACGCAGUAGAAAAGCGACAAGAGGAAAGGAAGGUCGACUGGACGGCCUGAAAAGAAAACAGACAAAAGGAAAUGGACUCUUUCUUUGAUUCGCCCUUUUUAAAACACACACGUUUAAGCAAACACACACCUAAAUACCCCGGUCUUCGGCUGUCAAAGAAGGGUGGGGUAACCUUGAGCAGAAUGAAAGGCAGCCGCUAUCUUGUCAUCAGUUAUUUUCCAGGCCCCAAGGCUCCCACUGAGGAGCAGAGGCGUGGGGGAGAGACAGACAGAGAAAGAGGAAAAGAAAGAGAGAGAGGGAGAGAGAGAGGUCCACGUCCAAUUACCAGCCCUGUCAGGGUGAUGGCUGAUGGAGGAAGAGAGAGUGAGAAAAAGAAGGACAAACCAUUGCUCCAGCCCAGCCCGCCUCACCUUCCCUCUCUCAUUUCCGUCUUUGUCCCCCUUCUCUGACUCACCCUUUGAUUCUUGACUUCCGUCUCCUUUAGUCCCCGCCUCUCCCUCCUUGUCCUCUUUCCAUUUUCUCCCCUCCAUUUCUUCGCCUCCUCUUUGUCACUCUCUGCUCUUUGCUCGCAUCUGCCUCCCCUCCCCACCUACCGUCUUUCAAGCGAAGCAGAGGUUAACACGACACAACGACAGGUUAAUAUACCCUCUUUUUUUUCUCCCAGCCUCACCCCACUGGGUGGAGAGACGGAGAAGACAUUGAGACAAGGUUCAUAAAUGCGGCCAUUACAGCUUGCCUAAAACAGGUGGAUGUGAUGAUGGAGGAAGGGGAGUGGUUUCCUGUUUUUUCUUCUCUAUCAUGCUAAAUUCGUGUUCUUUUUCUUUCUGUCCUUUGACCUGGAUGAUCUCAGUUUUCAUUUUGUCAUGUCCAGUUUCCGUACACCUGAAUCAAAGCUUGACGCCACCAAUAAGAGCGAGUCGUGACUCAUUAGCCAGGCCUCCCUGACCUGAUCGACUUGUGCUUUCUGGCUCUUUGCGGUCAUGACCGCCCUGAAUGGAUAAUAGUCAGGGUGGAGAAAAGCUCUGUAAGCCCACAUAGCACUGUGGCUGACUUGAGGGAUUUUGUUUUUUAACACCACUCUUCAGACGCACUUGAACACACAACCUUCACGUAUGAAUUAAGGAUCAGCGAGGUGAAUAUGGACCACACUGAUCCUCCCCAUGUACAUUUGAACCUCACACUCUUUUGAUGUCUCUGCGUAUUUCAUGUAAACACGCAUAGUGUGUCAGUUUUUAAUGCAGUUAAGUGUUGAUAUUCAUUAGGAUCACGUCUGUGUUGUUCUGUCAUUGCUGUAUUCUCUUCAAGGAUUUUAGUCGAGGCAUCCGAAAGUGCCACCGGCAUGUCCCGGUCAGCAGUCUGAUCCAAGUAGUGAGAGUGACAUCUAGUGGUGUUUUUCUGUUUGUUUUCCUGUCCUGCUCCUACUGAGCGCCCUGUUCUGGCAGUGCUGUGUGUUCCCAUCAGGAUACAGAAUCAAAUAAACUGUUGACUGUUCUGUUGGAGAUCGGUAUGCGAAGCAGAUGUUCUGACACACAGACAGAUUGACACAAGAGAGAACUUGACCAACACGUGAACUGCAUCUGGCAUCAAAUUGACUGAUCAUUUUCUUUACUCUUUUACUCUUUCGUCAGGUCUUUAAUAAGUUGGACAAUCAAAUUUGCUCAGUUUUACGUCUUCAGGACUGUAAAUUUGAUAUUCCUUGUUUUGUUUGGUUUUUUUUUGAGAGUUUUAAUGCCGAAAUCGAAAACAUAGCUUCAAAUCUUAAUUACUGAACAUUAAUGUUACAAAAAACAAAAAAGAAAAUUCACAGUGAUUAUUCAUUGAAAGUCCAACAGCUGUGAUGGUGACCCAACCAAAUAUUAUUUAUCAUUUGAUUAUAUUCAAAUUAAAAUGUUACUCCUGAUUGGCUCACUGAUUAAGGUGACAUGCCUUUUUCCAAAUUAAAGCUCCCCACCUUUUAAACCAUUGAGAGGAGCACAGAGGACACCACAAAUCCAUAA